AUGGGAAAGAGUGUUCACACUCCUUUCUUUACACUUGAGCUGGAACAUGGUGGUCUUUUCUGUGGAUCUAUCACUGCCCCAGAGUAUUAUAACUCUUCUUUGGAGGUCCUUGACUAUGUUGAUGCUUGCACAUUUUCAUAUGCAGUCUUAGAAGAACACCUAAAAUGGUUGGGAUAUCCUGCCAAUGAGCACAUUAUUUACUGGUGUUUACCUAAGAAAACACUUUCAGAUGGCUUGGUGAGAAUUAAGGGUGAUGAGGAUUUGCAGCAUCUUAUCACAGCUAGUGCUCAGCACAAAGUUCUUGCAGUUAUGGUUGACCAUGCAGACUUCAUCUGCAAUUUCAGAGAAGAUUUGAUAAUAAAGCUGCCAUCUGUUGUAAACCAUGUCAGAAUGGGCAACUCAAUUGUUGGUGCAAGCAGUGCAUCAUGUGGUCAGAGCAUUAUUUCAGUGAAUGUUGAAGAUCCAAUUUCAGAGGUUGCAGUUGAUGGGACAGCAGAAGAUGAUGUUCUGACAGAUUUGCUUAAUUCUGUUGCUGACCCAAAUUUGCUGACAUACUGUGCAGAGCCUGACCUGUUUAUAAGUGCAGAGCAAGACCUCCUUAAUUGUGCACAGCCAGACCAGGUUAAUGCUGCAGAGACAAAUGUGAUUGUUGCUGCUCCAGAUCCAAAUUUGCAACCUGAAAAUGAUGUGCUGUCAGAUUCAGAUUUCAAUGACAGUGAUUAUGAAAUAGAUGAUGGAGAUGAUGAUCUUUAUGAAGAAAACAUUGACUUUGAUGUUGAUGAAGAGGCUGAGCAAGAGGAGGUAGAGGUUGAGCCUGACUAUGUCCUUGAAGAUGAAGAUCUCAACCUCUCCACACAAGCACAAGAUCAACUGAAGCACAAAUUCAGAGCUUUCAAUUCCAAGGUGGACAUGAAAUCCCCUGUUUUUAAACUAGGUAUGGUAUUUGCUGAUGUGGUUGAGUUGAGAAAAGCUCUCAAGGCCUAUUCAAUAAGGAACAGAGUGCAGAUCGAGAAGCUUAAGAAUGACAAGAUCAGAUUGGAGGCAGUUUGUCAGGGUGGUGGUUGCCCAUGGGUGCUUAGGGCUGGAAAUGACAACAGGACUGGAGGUUUUGUUAUCAAGGCAUAUAAUGGAUUGCAUAAGUGCCAGAAGAAGUGGAAGUUAAAGGAUAUGACAACAAAAUUCCUAUGCAACUUUUUCAUUGAUGAGUUCAGAGAUGACCAGAAGAUGUCCAUUGGAACAUUUUCAAGGAAAAUAACAAAGGAAUUCAAUGUUACUCCUAAUAGAUGGAAGCUUGCUAGGGCUAGGAAGCAAGCACUUAAGGAGAUACAUGGUGAUGAGGAAGAGCAGUUCAGCAGGCUAUGGGAUUAUGGGCAUGAGCUAAGGAGCAAAAACCCUGGGUCUACAUUUCUGCUAACAACUACACUUGUCAAAGAUACAAAAUUUCCAAUGGGCAGAAAAUGUUUGAAAACAUUAUAUUGGUCAUAUGAUGCUUGUAAGAGAGGGUGGCUAAAGGGCUGCAGGCCUAUUCUCUUUAUUGAUGGUUGUCAUAUGAAAACAAGGUUUAAAGGAGUGCUCCUUAGUGCUGUUGGAAUUGAUCCUAAUGACUGCAUAUUUCCCAUUGCAAUGGGCUGGGUGGAAGUAGAAUGCAAAGGUUCAUGGGAGUGGUUUUUGACCACUCUAAAAGAUGAUCUAAAUAUUACAAACACAGCUCCUUUCACAGUUAUGAGUGACAAGCAGAAAGGGUUAAUAAUUGCUGUGCACAAAGGAGAGGUACUGAAGCAAGAUCUUUGGGCUAUUGCAAGAUCACCAAACAAGGUAAAAUGGAGAGAGAACUGUCAGAAAAUGGAUGAUCACUGCCAAGCUGCCUUCCACUGGACUGAGAGGCUUGAGCCAAACACAUGGUGCAAGGCAUUCUUCAGGGAUUUUCCCAAAUGUGACAUCCUGCUUAACAACAACUCUGAAGUGUUUAACAGCUACAUUCUUGAUGGCAGAGAGAUGGCAGUGCUUAGUAUGCUUGGAUAUAUCUUCUACAAGAUCAUGCACAGGCUAGUGAGUAAACAAAGGGAAGCUAUAGAAAAGUGGGUAGGCCAGAGAAUAUGCCCAAAGAUUCAGAAGAAAUUGGAUAAGAAUACAGAGUUUGCUGCAAACUGCCAUGUAUCUGAAGCUGGACAACAAUUGUUCAAAGUACAGUCUGGUAACAAUUGUUACGCAGUGGAUCUUGCUUUGCACACAUGUGAUUGCAGAAGAUGGCAGUUGUCAGGAGUACCAUGUGGUCAUUGUAUAGCAUGUUGCAGGGAGGAGAGGAUUGACCCAGAGACAAUGGUUCAUGACUGCUACACGGUUCAGACAUAUCUCAAGGCAUAUGGGUACACUCUUGUUCCUCUUGCAGACCCAAAGCAUUGGGAGAAACAGAAUGGGUACAAGGUGCAUCCAUCAGUGUUUACUAAACAGUUGGGAAGACCCAAGAAGAAUAGGAAGAAAGCACCAGAGGAGAAGAUCAAGAAUGGUGUCAGGGUUCUGAAUAGAAAAGGUGUGACAAUGCACUGCUCAAUCUGUGGCAGAGCUGAUCACAACAGGAAGGGGCACUACAAAUGGCUGGAAAGUCUCAUUCAAGAUGGGAUAGAGGUGGUUGAUGAAAGCUAUGAUGACCCUACCUUUCUUCAGAACAUUUUCCCAAACAAUGUAACCCUCUGUUGGAUCCAAUUGAUUCACCAACAAGUAUGGUUUUCACCAUGGCUCAAAGGGAAAUUUCUACAAGAGCUCCUCAAAGGGCAUAUGGCCCAUUACCACAGCAGUCUACCUUUGUUGUUGCUGCUGGUGCUGCAAUACCUCAGCCAGUGAUCACCACAGAGAUGCUCAUUGGUAGACAGACAAGGGCAAACACAAUAGCUCAAAAAGAAGAAUGAAGAGCAAAUAAAAGACAAAGAAAUGCACCUCCAGGCAGAGGAACAGGAGCAGCUCCAGCUGCAGGCAGAGGCAGAGGUGCAGCUCCAGCUGCAGGCAGAGGCAGAGGUGCACUCCAGCUGCAGGCAGAGGAAGAAGUGUAACUCCAGCUGCAGGCAGAGGAAGAGGUGCAACUCCAGCUCCAGGCAGAGGAAGAGGUGCAGCUCCAAAUGCAGGUAGAGGAAGAGGUGCUGCUGCAGAUGCAGGCAGAGGAAGAGGUGCUGCUCCAGUUGCAGGAAGAGGAAGUGUUCCAGGUGAGAGGGCAUGGUGGCUGUUGUUUGGAGAUCAGAUUCAGAGGCAAAUACCUGAUCUCAAUGCACCUGCUGAAGAUCUGAAUGCAACUGCUCCCUGAUUAGCUGGCUGUUGCAAUUGCCAUUUUUUUGUAAAGGCCUAGACUGAUGUAACUUUGAGACUGGCCUAUUAAGUAUGCCAAAUAGUGGCAUGAAGUGGCAAGAUUUGCCUUCUUUUGGUGGCAAAACUAGUUAAUGCCUGAAUGUGCUCAAUGACCUAGUUAACUGAAUUUUGCCCUCAUUGUGUUGUUCUAGUUAACUGAAUUUUAA